AGUCCAGGCGGGUCCGUCGCUGCACGCGCACGUAGGCACGCACGCGCACGCACGCACGCACGCACGCGGCCACGCACGGCGCACGACCCGGAGACGGUUUGUCUCCUCCGCCCAGGUGCCGGGACCCCGCGGCCGGGAGCAGCACCAGGAGGGCGUCGUCACCCCGCGCGAGGACCCGUGACGACGUCCCGCGGCUGCAUUUGGUGGACGCUCCCCGCAGCGAGUAACGAGCAGCGUCCGGCCUCGGCGUGACGGCGGCAGGCGCGGAGUGGCGCGGGGUGGCGGAGCGUGGCGCGGCGCCCGCGAGAUGUCGCCCCGCUAGGGCCUGCGGCAGCCUGAGGCCGGCCUGAGGCUCGCCAUGGGGACGCUGCGCCUGCUGCUGCUGCUCACCCUCGUGGCGCGCGCGCGCCCGGCCCGUGCCGCCGACAACCCGGACACCUGCGCCAGCACUGGAAAUUGCACUGGGGAUACGCCGAGUUCAACAAUUUCACCGGGCACCGCGAAGAUGGCCCAGCUGCAGAUCCUGGACACGCUGCUCACCAACUACGACCGCCGGAGCACUCCCACCAACCAUCUGAUUCGUAAUCUUAAAAACCUUUUCAAUGCAAUUUUCUUACGUGUUUUUAAAAACUAUUUUGUUGUGACAGGGAACUACAGCUGCCUGGUGGCUUCCUUUUACCUUUCGCGGUCCGUGGGCUUCCAUCUGGUGCAGAGCUACCUCCCCACCAUCCUCAUCGUUGUCAUAUCGUGGGUGUCCUUCUGGAUGGACGUGGAUUCGGUGCCGGGCCGGACGACCCUCGGCGUCACCACACUCCUCGCCGUGUCAUCGCAGUCCUCGGGUAUCCAGAGUGGGCUGCCCCAAGUGAGCUACGUCAAGGCCAUCGACGUGUGGAUGGGCACGUGCACAGCGUUCGUCUUCUGUGCGCUACUCGAGUUCACCUUCGUCAACUACAUGUUCCGGAAGCCGCCGCCCGGGGAGGCGAUGCACUACAAGUCGAAUAAGCGCAAGAACCUCGCGGGCGCAGAGAAUGGCGAGGCGGGGACUCCCUCCAACAAGGGCCUCCCCGACGGCGACGUGGUGCCGGAAGCGGUCGCUCUCACCCCGGCUGGCCUCCACUCGCACAUCCACCACCACCGCAUCGAGACGGAGCAGGAGGCGUACGCGCGCCGCAUCGACGAGAUCUGCCGCGUGGGCUUCCCCGCCGUGUUCGCCGUGUUCAACGCCAUGUACUGGUCCUACUACCUGCAGGGGUAGGGACACAGCAGCCCGCCCUCACGCCAGAACACGAGGACAUAUAAAAAAAGUGCCCGCGUUCAGUUGUUAGAUGAUAUAUUCUAUUUUUGUUGUUGUCUCCGUAUGUGACCACAGAAAACUAUAGUGACUGAGGUGAUCCGUGGCGCCUGCCGGUCGGGAGCCACACGACGUCGUCUCCAAGAGAAUGCGCGCGUGACGCGUGCAAAAAAGAGAACUCUAUUUAAUCUAGUCUUAGCUGUAACGACGACCAAAAGAAGAGGACAGGUGGGGAGGGAGAUGGGGGCCAACGAGUUGUUGUGGCACGUGCCAGUGCAGUGCCGGACACUCCCAGCCGGCAGCGUGGAGCUCCCCUACAAACGCCCUCCUGCGGACGCUGGCCGAGUUCACCUUUGUGAGUUAGAGACUCCGACUUUGUUCGUUUGCGACACACACGUCCCCACGCGUCUGCCGUUUGUUCGGUGAGUCGCAUAAUGGUGUUGCUUGUGGGUUGGGGUACUGGCUUGGAACUAGAGUCGGGAGGAGAGAAGAGGCCUUGCUCAUCGGUGAGAAUACAAAGCUGUGUGAUAUUUGUAGAAAAGCAUAUUUCAAGUUUGUGAGUAAUAUUAAAUUAUCGAUAUUACUAAACUGGAUAUUUUUGCAAAAAUAAUGAUUUAUGGGGGGUCCAUCGGCCUCUACAAAAAACAUUCAUUAAAAUCUACGAAGGAUCUGUAUAGUGUAUUUCGACUAACGGAGGAAGAAGAAGAGCGGAUAGAACAUACAUAAACGUUACCGAUUGGCCGAGAGCUUCCCGCCUCUACGUCACGCCAGAAGUGGGGGUAAGCGUUCGGCCAAUCAGGAAACUUUAUGUUCUACCCGCUAUUCUUCUUCCUCCGUUAGUCUUAAUACACUAUAUUUUGAUAUUUUAUGAUUUUGAUCUUGAUGUUUAGACUUAUAAUGAAAAAUUCAAUUGCUGGUAAAAUGUUUUCAGAUUCUUAACUAAGUUAGGUAGAUGCAGUAAUUACAAGAAACCACAUCACUUGGAAACUUUCUCUAUACUCCCAUGUUAUUUAAAACAAUAGUUCAACUGCUCUUUAAAUUUUAAUGGCAGCUUAAAGUACUCAAAUGUAUCAAUUCAAACAAUUGAUUGCAUACAUAAACCAAAAUAAUCAUUUCAGCAUCUUUAUGCAUUUUGUGUUUUUGUUUGUCCUUACUUACAGUCCAAGAACAUGUCAAAUAAAAUAAUAUGUGUAAAUGCCGUCAGAUUUCAGAAGGGGAUUGAAAAUGUUAAAGAUAUUUUGAUGUCAAAGUUUUGUACGCUGUUAAAAUAAGUUUGAUGAUGGGGCAAUAAUAUUGACAGAUAAUCAGAACAAAUGGGGAAGGGGAAAUUCACUUCAGUAUUUAAAGCAACCCCUAUUUUCAGCGAAAAUGUGUCAUAUUCAAUUUAGAUUAGCUCUUUCAUUUAUUUUUUAAAUUUGAUUUUUUUUUUAACCAUAUAGACGUCCCAGAGAUGUCCCGCAAGCACUAUAGUGAAUUGCAAUAUCACGAGGUUGGGGGUCAAAACAAUGGCCUUCACUGUCAGUGAUGGUAGUUUGUACUAUCAGUUAGUUUGGGGCGCAGCAAGUGCUCUUGUAAAUCUUGUGCAUACAUUUUUCUGUACUUAAGUAGCUUAAGCCCACUGAAAAAACAACGCACGAAACUAAAACACACUGUAGCUAAGGACCAAUUUCAGUUAUGUUUGUACAUACGAGAAUACUUUGCAGUCCUGGAAUUAACUUGCUUUUGAUAAAUGAUUGUAUCAAGACUCUUUACUAAACAAUUAAAUCAGUGCCUGAUUGCUCUUGAUUGUCAACCAGAAUGUUUGUAUGUUCUGCCUUUCUUUUUGCCUAAACUGUUCAUAAAUGAAAACAAGGACCUCUUCCUUCCCCUUUCCUUGCACUCUUGAGACAAACUAGACAGAGAGAAAAGGUUGUUUUAACUGGCUGAAUUAAAAGUUUGACUCAUUUUA